UAUCACUCCUUGCUACUGUGGUGGAACAUUUAGUCACAGGCGAAACAAUGCAAAUGACCAGUGCAACUGAUCAUCGUUGUAGCAUGGAGUACUAUUUACAGAAGACAUACUACAAGACAGCAUCUUUAAUUUCAAACAGUUGCAAGGCUAUAGCUAUCCUUGCUGGUCAAACCGUUGAAGUUGGAAUGCUUUGUUAUGAAUACGGCCGAAAUCUGGGUUUGGCAUAUCAACUGAUAGAUGAUGUUCUUGAUUUCACUGGCACAUCAACGUCACUUGGAAAGGGCUCUUUAUCAGACAUUCACCAUGUAAAUAUUUUAUUAUCCGUGAAAAAGGAAAUUUUGCCUUGUGAGCGUCUUCAUUCGAGAUGAAACUCUUUUGACUAA